GUUCUUCAGAGUGAGCGUCUCUCUCACUCUCCCCAGUCGUGAAGUCAGAGAGCGGAGGAGGAAGGGAAGGCAGAGAGACCAAGGGAGGUCUGACGACACCAUCCCAGCUCGCCCGGCACCUCUUUUAAAUGCAUAGACUGGUAAAUGCAAGCACACAGCCUGGUCACAUCUGGCUUUGAUUUAUUGGAGUGAACAUCACGAUUUAUAACCAAGCUGUCACUCUGCAAGAUAAGUGUGCAGCCUUUCCUGCCAGGACAAAAACUUUAAGGAGCUUUGGAAGCAUAGCAUGUAUAAGUGUCCAUGGCAAGCGUCUGCAGUAGCUUUCAAUGCUGGAGGUCCAAUGUAAGGAUGGAUGACACACUUUCCAGGCUAACGGUGUUCUUCACCGUUUUCUGAUCCAGCUUUAAAGGGAACAUCCGGCCAAACGAAGAAGGAGCAGCUAAAGAUAUAAGAACUUAAUUCACCUGUGACCUUAUUCCUGGGGUGAAAUGAUGCUGUGGUACAACUUUGGCCACCACUUGCUCUCUCUGGCGGCACUUCUGGUGAUUGUAGGCUGCGGAGGAGGGGAGCAAAGGAAAGGGACGGAUAGCAGCACCAGCAGCACAGGUGGCAGCAGCAGUAGUAGCAGCAGCAGCAGCGGAGGAAGUGGUAGUAGUAGUAAUUACAGCAACAGGCGUUUUCAUAAGAUCCAGCAUGGCCAGUGCACCUACACGUUCAUCCUACCCGAGGGAGAUGGAGCCGGAGGAGGCUCCUGCAGGGAGGCGAAAGCCGGUAGCCCGCAGUACAACGCCAACGCUCUCCAGAGGGAUGCUCCACCACCUGAGCCAGACUUUCCCGGCCAGAAGAUCCAGCAGCUUGAGCACAUUAUGGAGAAUUACACCCAGUGGCUACAGAAGAUUGAAAACUACAUUAAAGAGAGCAUGAAAACAGAGAUGGCUCAACUGCAGCAGAGUGCCGUCCACAACCACACUGCAGCCAUGCUGGAAAUGGGCACCAAUCUCCUCUCUCAGACGGCUGAACAGACACGCAAGCUAACUGACGUGGAGACACAGGUCCUGAAUCAGACAUCGAGGCUCGAGAUCCAACUGCUGGAAAAUUCUCUUUCCACUAACAAGUUGGAGAAACAGUUAAUGGUCCAGACCAAUGAGAUCAGCAAACUGCAUGACAAGAACAGCAUCCUAGAGCAGAAGAUGUUAGAGAUGGAGAUGCGACACCGUGAAGAGCUGGAGACACUCAAGCAGGAGAAGGGAAGUCUCCAGACCUUGGUGGGGCGACAGAGCGGGGUAAUCAGGGAGCUAGAAGCCCAGCUGAGCCGAGCCACAGGAAACAGCACAGCCCUGCAGAGACAGCAGCAGGAGAUGAUGGAUACUGUCCACAACCUGCUCAACCUCUGCUCUAAAGAUGGAGUUGUUCCUAACAGUACAAAAGUCGUGGAUGAAGAGAAGAAGUUCCGCGACUGUGCCGACCUCUACCAAGCUGGCUUCCAUAACAACGCCAUCUACACCAUCCAGAUCAAUUCACAGGAGAACAAAAAGGUGUAUUGCAACAUGGAAACAGCCGGGGGUGGAUGGACAGUCAUCCAACGCAGAGAAGAUGGGAGUGUGGACUUCCAGAGAACGUGGAAGGAGUACAAGAUGGGUUUUGGGAGCGUGUCUUCAGAGCACUGGCUGGGGAACGAGUAUGUUUACCAGCUGACCAGCCAGAGGCAGUAUGCUCUUCGUGUAGAGCUGACAGACUGGGACGGGCACCAGGCCUUCUCACUAUAUGACCGCUUCCAAAUCGGCAGUGAGAAACAGAACUACAGGCUGUUCCUGAAAAGCCACAGUGGGACUGCAGGCAGACAGAGCAGUCUAGUAAUCCACGGAGCAGACUUCAGCACCAAGGACAUGGACAAUGACAACUGCAUGUGCAAGUGCGCCCUCAUGCUCACUGGGGGUUGGUGGUUUGAUGCCUGUGGCCCGUCCAACCUUAACGGCAUGUACUUCACCCAAGGACAACACAUAGGGAAGUUGAACGGUAUCAAGUGGCAUUACUUCAAGGGCCCCAGCUACUCACUACGAGCCACAGCCAUGAUGAUCCGCCCACUGGACUUCUCAUAGUCUUUUGAACUCGUGAACUUUUAACUUCCAAAUGGCUAUGUAGCACAUUAGAGGGACGCUUCCCAUUUAAUCCUCGUCUCAUCUCAUUUCUCUGGCCAUGGGAGACGUCCAGUAAAUCUUUUAUUCAACCUGGUUCUUCCCCUCAGAGCAGCUGAUAAUGCUCUGCUACUGUUGCCUCAUAACAUUUCCCAUCUUUGAGCUGAAAAGCAGCCAUGGGGAGGAAGGCAAAGCAAGAUAUGAUUCAUCUGAUCUGAUUUCUGUUCCAAACCAGAUCCACACACUUGAUGUUUGUUAUAAGGAUAAAUUUGUUCACGUGUGUUAUCUCACACCUGGAAUUUGUGCACAUUUUGAGCACAAUAUAAGGUCAGAUUGAAGCAUAAUGGCAAAUCACAAUUCUUCCAUUUUCCUUGGGACCUGUGUUGUUGUAAUAUGGAGGGCUUGAACUCUUCUGAAUGGAAAGCAGCUAUCACAGAGUGACUCUUAAACUGCAGGACAGAACAUAUCUGGAAUGCUUUAAGGAGACGAAUGAGAGAGAUGGCUUUUUUUAUUAAAAUGUUGCUCACAGAAUACAGCCCCUAAAUAUUGUGACUGUUAUAAUUUGUGUUUUUCGUAUUAUUUUUGUUAUACCAACUGUAUACAAUACCCAAAGUGAGAUAAAAUCGUCUUUUGUACUGUACAGUGUAUACUGAAUUUCUAUCUGCAUCAUGUAUAAAACACACGUUCAGUUUGAAGGUGACCUUGAUGUGCAGUUGGUAAUAGUUAUGAGGGUCACUUGUAGUGUUUGCUGGCAGUUACACACUUGCUGUCUUUGCAGAGUGUGAUUAUUUUUAGAGUUCAAGAUGUGAGGUUAUUAUUGUAUUAGAUUCUGGACCAUUUGCCUUUGUUAUUGGCUGAGAAACAUGUAAUACCUGCCAAGGUUCAAAUUGUGAGUUAUCACCUUACCUCUGCUGAAUAGGAAUAACAAGGACAUUAAUUCGGAUUAAUUUAAUCAGUGAUAUGUAAAAAUUAUAGCUGGGUGCAUUGGGGGAAAGAAAAUGCACAUUUGCAUAUACAACUAAUGCAUAUUUUCAGAAAUACACAGAUAUGCAGUAUAUUCCUGAGUGUAGUGAUGAUGUAUCACGUCGUGAUCCUUCUAUAAUCAAAAAGAUGUAAAUGCUUAUAUUAAGCUGGUGUCCCACACACAAAAACUCAGAAGGAAUGAAGCUGAAGUUUUUUUUUUUGUUUUUUUUUUUUAACGGUAUCUCAUUUCUUACUGUAGAAGACAUUAUGAAACCACUCCAAGACUGGUCCUGUCCUGUUUCCUCAAAUUCUAACCUCUUACCAUAAGACAAAGAGCAGAUCAAAAAGACAAGUCACAUCCAAAACUAUUUUCACAGACAUCAUUAUUACAUUACACAGUAUCUUAGUCCAACCAGUCUGUUUCUCAUCAAUGCAGCUUAGAAAAAAAAGGAGCUGGAAUUGGAUAUGAAGCAUGAAAUUAAUGAUUCCACCAAGUGAUCCGUGUGAACACACAUUCAUAACUUCCAGCUUAUAACAACAGAAUAUACUGUGGAGUACUUACUAAAUCUACAUGUGGUGAGAAGAGAAAGUGUAUCUGGAACUUGUGUAACUACAAUUGACAUGUUUAUUAGCAUACUAAAAUUGUAUGAUUUAACGUUUAUGUACGUAAAGCAGCUUUCCUGAGGAAAGCUUUUUUUUUUUUCUGUUUAUACUCUGCCAGAAGUACCGUGUUGUUUUGAAGUUGAGCCUAAAACAUAGGAGUUAAGAUAAUAACCCUGGAGAAAUGUGCCUUUGAUAACUCUGCUUUUACCUCAUUAAAUUCUAGAUUUUCAGAUUUAUUUAAACAUCUUUUGUAACAUGUGGUCAGUGUUGUGUUGCUAGAUUAAAUAAAAGCGCAUG